UGUUCGAAGGACGGACGGGCUGCCUCAGUGGAUCGCUCCUCAAUGUGGGCUUGGGCGUCGCGUUUCGCACUUUUCGGGGUGACCGCAACAUGGCUGUGCUGUCUCUCAACAGAAGCAGUUUAUGCAGAUGCGGCGGGGGUCACACUGAAGUUGCCGGGUCUGGGGGCCCUGCGGGGUUCCCUCAACACGUCAGCCUGGACCAGCCGGGCCAUAUAUCAGUUCCAGGGGAUACCAUUCGCCAAGCCACCCGUCGGACAUCUAAGAUUCAAGCCACCAGAACCAGCUGAUCCAUGGAAUGGAACCCUGGAUGCCACAAAAUUUGGAAAGAAAUGCCCAGCCCUUACGAGAUCGAAUCAAGAACAAGAAUUCAAAGAGUGGACGUCUCUUCUAACGCCUGAAAACACGGAAGAUUGUCUCACUCUCAACGUGUACACGCCAAAGCUCUUCAGUAAUGCGAGCCUCGCUCUCCCAGUCAUGGUGUACAUCCACGGAGGGUCCUUCCGGCUCGGUAGUGCUCAAGAGUACUGGCCUAACUAUUUACUAGAGAAGGACGUCGUCCUGGUUGUUCCUCAGUAUCGACUGGGCCCACUGGGAUUCCUGUCACUACAGACGGAGGAUGUUCCCGGCAACAUGGGGCUGAUGGACCAAGCUCUGGCUCUGCGAUGGGUGAGGAACUACAUAUCGUUUUUCGGAGGAGACCCCGAUCGAGUUACCAUUUUCGGGCAGAGCGCCGGUGGAGCUGCUGUUACCCUCAUGCAACUCAGUCCCCUCGUUGACGAGAACUUGUUUGCGAAAGUAAUCGCUCAGAGUGGGUCGGCGCUGGCUACGUGGGUCAUAGAUCGUAAUCCGGUGAGGAGCGGUCUAGCCAUUGCUCGGCUGGCCAACUGUAACCAGACUAAGAUGGCAGACCUUACAGCCUGCCUCAGAGAGAUCCCAGUGAAAGACUUGCUUCUGGCGCACUCGAAAUUUCUGGUUGCAGAUAUAGCAGCUGGUGGGAGGGGCACAGGAGGGAACCAUCCUGUGAUCCAAACCGCAGGGAACCAGAGGUUCCUAGUGGAGCCUCCACUUAAGAGUAUCCAGGAGGGCCGGUUCAAGCACGUGCCCCUCUUGGGAGGAGUGACACGUCAUGAGGGAAGUUUCAUUUUGGGAAAUAUUUACGAUAAUAUUUUACAAGAGUACAAUCUCCUACAUAACGAAGACUAUUUGAGGCACAACUUGACAAGGACGACCUUAAGAUUUAGUGGAAUUGAAGACACAACAGGCAUGAUAUCGGAUCUCUUGAAUGAGAAAUACUUCCAGUCCGGUGAACUGGGUAACUUCACAGCCAUGACACCUGGACUCAUUGACAUCUGCGGUGUUGCGUUACUGAAGGCCGCGACGUUUCGGUUCUUGCUGGAGAACUCACGUCAACAGCGCAGCUUUCUCUACUCCUUCAAUUAUUUUGGGGAGCACACCAAGUUCGGAUAUGGAGUACCGGUCGAUUACCCAUUCCCUGGAGGCACUAGCUGGAGGUGCGUGGUCACCUUCACACCCGGGCGCUUUACCCCAGGUAACCAUUGGAUAGGUAGUUGGGUGCACCCCAGAAUCGAUCUGGACUACGUGAAGAAGAGAAAAUUCCUGACCCUUCCGGGACACGAACUCCAGCACCUGUAUGCCAACUACGCUAUCCCAGCUCCGAGAUGUAGACAUGAUCCUGCCCCUGCAAAUGGCGUCUCAUUUUGGCCUGCAAUGUCUACAGAGACAGGGCCAUACCUGAGAAUUGACAGGACAUCAGAAGUGCGUGUCAAUUUCCUAGAGGAGUAUGCGAUAGCCACAACCGCCGGCUUAGGUCCCUCGAGGGCGCCAUUGUCCGCAGCUUCCAUGCCGACACUGCUUCUGUGGCCUUGGCCACUUCUUAUGUUCCUCACACGGUCCAUAAGACUCCUUCGAUGGGGGAUCAGCCCGUCCCAAGGCCGCUACCUACACGCAGAAUAACUCAAACAGAAUAAACGCACACAGACAUUCAUCCAUGUAUGUAUGUAUGCAUGUACUCUGGCUGUAUGUAUUGUGACAUAUUGACCUGUUACUAGACAACGAUCGCGAAACAAAUAACGAGACAGCGACCGUUGCUAGGCAACAGCUUCGUUAAUAUGCAACAAUACUGGAGCCGCUGAUAGGAAGCGGCUCAGGAGCGACAGUGGAAGUGCUGUUGGAAGUGGUGUUUCCUAUAGACCGCUUCCAGGCUGUCACUGGACCGACCAAGUGAGUGCAGUGCAGUUGAGUACAGUGGAAUGAAGUGAGGAGUCAGUUAAUUAGAGGACUGCUGAGGUUAGGACCUAAUGAUUUGUUACUAAGAGAAGCUGGUAGCUGAGGCAAGGACACACUUCGGGAAGCCAGAGAAAGGAGAACGUCCGGCGUUGGAAGCUGUUACCAGACAACGACUGGUGAAGACUCAGCAGACUGAGAUGAGUUAAUACCUGCUCUAGCGAGCUGCAGAAUGUGUGAAGUAGCGAUAGCGCUAUAGUUUCUUUUAUUGCUAGUGGGGUGGGGCUAA